GAAACCGCUCGUCCCGUAAUCUCGCCACGACUGCGCAGCAUGCUCUGAACGCUUUCUAUGACCUCCCCUCGCCGCCUGACAGACGAUAACAGCUACGGUUGACCAGUACUAGACCCUUGUCUUGCCGCUCGCGGAGAAUGUCUGAGGCAACCGACGCCUCAGCCUCUUCGGGUACUCUGCCGCACGCGCCCAUCCAUCCUGCUUCUGGCGACCCCGCUGUUCCUGAUAUCCUUGCUGUUGCGGACCGAGUCCUAUCCCUAGAACGUCAGCGGGCUGCGCAGAAUCCUGAGAAUGAUGAAGCUUUGGAGUGGCACGAGGUGAUCGAGCUCAAAGCGUUCAGCGAGAGAAAGGUCUGGAUAGAGGAGAAGACCAAGUUUCUGGAGCAACUCCCUCCCAUCGAAGUGUUCACUGGACUCGAUGCAGUCCGGCAGUCAGCGGCGGAGGUGCCUGGGCUCCCCACGCGCGAGCAGCUGAAGCAGUGGAUGGUGGAGCACGAUAAAAUCGAGAAGGAAACAGAGGUCUUCGACUCUGGUGAGCUCCGGAAACUGAAGAAGUUCACGAAAGCUGCCGCUCAGCGCAACCUGUCCCCGGCGGACACGGACCUAAUUGAAAUCACCCUCACAACCAUCUAUGCAUUGGACAAGCUGCUACACCUUCUACGAGAUCGCUCAGACAACCUCGAACUUCUUAACAUCAGGCUGACCUGGGAGGAGCGUCGUAUCGCCGCCUGGGCCGACGUCCACAAACUGCUUGACGACCUUCGGGAGUUCCUGGCGAACCGUGCGAGAUGGUCCUCAUCCGUGUACGAGAAUCUAGACGAUGAGGAGGCUACCCCUCCAUUACCGGGGGAGCAUACUCUGAGAAGACGAAAUUCCGUCGUAUCCAUGGCUUCGGAGGCCUCCUCCGCCUCUCUAGCCGGGUUCUCUCGUGGGGCACGCUACAAGCUUGCGGAAUCCCUGUCUCGCGAAGCUGCGCUGUUCUCCAGUCGAGUUUCAUCCCUCAGGCACACAAAGAUCGCCCUGGCGGGGAAAGCUUUGGACAAGUUAAUCGAUGAGAGCCGUAAAGCGGUUCCAGACGAGCUGCUAGACGAACAAGACAAGCUAGAGAACGAGGGUAUCACCGAGUUAGAAGACAUUGGCAAGUUCGUUAUGCAGGUCGUUAUGCAGUGGAAGAAAGCUGAUGAGUUCUACGUCGAGACCCUCAAGGACAAGUCCACCGCCGAGAAUUUGCUGGAGGAAAUAGAGGUAGCCAAGCUCAACCAUCCAACUUCCCGCCAAGACGCCAGCUUCCUCUCCCGCACCAAUGCUCUCAACAAGCGGCUGCUGCUCCGAGGCAAUCCGUCCACAUCCCUCACCUUCCCCAAACCCCUCCACCGGCUUUUCCCAGAACAAGCAGGGUAUACUACGACCAUCAUUCAGCAGCUCUCAGAAGACAUGACAUCUGCGCUUCAAGAUACGCGUAAAGCGGAGAAUUGUGCGAAGGAGUAUCACGCUGCCGCAGAAGCGGUCAAGCAGGUCGAUGCAGUGCGAAAGGCCGCCGCGAGUCUUUCCGCCAGAUACCUCACCCUCGUUGAGCGUAUGGAGAAUGGGAUCGCCACAGCUAACGGCGACGGUACUCCCCCAGACUUGUCCUCCGAAACUUGUCUCGACGGCGCUCGCCAUUCUGUCUUCCUGUCAUUGUUCCCGUCUGUUCUCGAGGAACUUGGGCAGACGGAUAAGGAAGCCAGCUCUCUUCUGGUCACGGCUCGCGCUUCCCUCUUGCACCUAGACUUCCCCGGCAUCGACGCCCAGUACAAGGCUGACUCGGCGGCAGCUAUGGACGAACUAGAAGCAAGGCGGAGUGCGGCGGCUCGCGCCAAGGAGCUGGUAGCCUCUCGCACCGCAAGCCUCACGCAGGUGCGCAAGGUUUGGUCCACCACCGAUCAACUAUUCCAGGAGACAGAGGAACUGCGUAGCGAAAUUGUCGACGCCAUGUCCCGUCAGAUGUGGCGACAGCAAGUUCGCCACGAUGCCCCGCCAACGCCUGAGUCUCCUACCGCUACUCUUCCUGCCGUGACGCUCUCCCCCUCCGAGGUGGUUCAGCGGUUGGUCGAGCUCCGCGCUCGCCUGGCAGCUAAUGUCUCCUCUCCUCUCGCUACUCUAUCCCCAUCACUAGGCCCGGCUCUUCGCGACUAUCUCAUCCACGCCUCAUCUGCUCUGGAGUCCGUCCUUAGUGCGACCGGAGACACCGCGCGUUUCUGGGAGGCGGUCCAGCAGCAGGCCGCUAUGAUGGGCACGGUCCGCGACGAAGUCCACUCACUGCAGAUCCGCAUCGAGGAUCUCAGAGUCCGCUUCGAGAAGGGUGCACAAGACGUAUUCGCUGAUGCUCUGGACGCAGAUACCCAAACGCGGACGGAAGAGGCACUUUCUAAUGAGUUAGUCUCUACCAGAAGCGCGAUACAGAACUUCUUGGAGGACCUACCCCGCCGCGUACCGUUCGUUAGCGAGGUCAAGAUCGCCGGGUCCCACGAACAUGCCUCCCCGAAACGCAGGUCCUCGAUGUCAGGCGCUACCACGCUGGACGCCAUCCUGCAGGCUACUCAGCCCAAUAUUCCUUUCGACCCUGCAGCGUUAGACAAGGGCGUUCGCACUGACUCGAACACUUACAGUAUGAUGCUUUCAGGCGCUCUGAAGACGCUCGAGUCGAAGGCGGAUUACUUCCAACUAGCGAAGAAGGCGCACACGUUAGACAUCGCGCUCGCGUCCCUUGUCAACGCGCUAGGCGACGCAGAGGACCCCGUAGGGCGCGUACACGCCUCUCUCACCGAGACGGAAGAGCGGUUGUCCGCAGAUCGUUUGGCAGAGCUCUCCGCCGAGUUGGACACAGCCUCGCAGUCGCAUGCUGCCUUAAUUGAGCGGGCGCUGUCGCCCGUACGCGACGCCCUGCAACGUCUACGUUCAACUUCUAUCAAGCACGACGUAGGCUCUCGAGAUGCCGUCGUCUCCGCUCGUCAGAAAGCCGUCGAGAACGCGGACUCCCACUAUUCCUCGUGGAAGAAGAGUGUCGCUGGGCUCAAGCAGCAGCUUGCGGACGCGCACAAAACCGAACUCCAUCGCGUCGCGGAGGAGGCUCGUCUGAAGGAGGAACAGGAGCGCCUCGAGGCAGAGACACUAGCCGUCCGCGCGCGCGAAGAGGCCGCAGCCGCUGAGGCGGAACGUUUAGAGGCCCUAGAACAGGCGCGGCUCGAGCGCGAGAAGGCCGAGGCCGAGGAGAGAGAGCGAAGAGAGCGGCAAGAGGCCCUUGAACGGGCCGAACGCGAGGAACAGGAGAGGCUCAGGGCGGCGGAGGAAGAGCGCCGUAGAGCGGAAGAGGAAGAGAGACGCAGGGCGGAGGAAGAAGAGAGAGGUAGGGCGGAGGAGGAAGAGCGCCGCCGAUUGGAGGAGGAGCGACGCCGGGCAGAAGAGGAAGAGCAGCGUAGGUUGGCCGAAGAGCAACGCCGCAAGGCGGAAGAAGAGGAACGACGGCUGGCUGAGGAAGCAGAGGCGCGUCGGUUGGCCGAAGAGGCAGAGGCACGCCGGUUAGCUGAAGUAGAGGCACGCCAAUUGGCCGAAGAAGCAGAGCGACGGAGGUUAGAGGAAGAAGAACGGGCUCGACAGGAGGCCCAGCAGGUCUCUCUCUUGGACACCGUCGACGAAGUUAGUUUCGGCGUAAUUGCCGAGGAUGACAUAUUCAGCGUGCGAGACAGCCCGACCAAGGGAGCUGGCAUGACGCCCGCACUGAACGAGCUGAGCACGCGUAUAUUCAACUUCAGGAAACGUCUGCGCUCCCUGGGCAUAAACGACGUCGCUAGACCCAGUGCUCGUUCGACUACCGGUCUCCCUGAAGACGACGCCCGGAAUGCCAUGGCCAAGGCGCUCAACACGCUUGUGGACGAAGUCGGACAACUGCCAGCAUCUGUCCCCGACAACCUGAACAUCGACGCAGACCUACGCUCUCUCCGUAGCGAGCUGGAGGCCUCUGUUGACUUGAUGAGCCGUGUCGACCAGCUUGCCGACUUCUCGUUGUCGUUGCGGGCGUGCGACGAAGCGCUGAGCGAUCUUCUUGAGCACAUCGACAGCUAUCCGUCCCCGCCAUUCGGACCUCUUUCUGCGCCGCAUGUCUCUGAUCAUGCACUUGCCCCCGAGGAACAGUUGGGCGCUCGCCUCGCCUUCACCCGCGAUGUCCUGAACCGCAUGAAGAUCCUUGCUCGCCCCCUCCUCAACGAUCCGCGGGUCCUCCCCGAGAAGGAGCGCAUUAUCCAGACAUGGACCGAGCUCGAAGCGAUGGCGCUCGACCGCAUCAGCGGCCAGAAGUCGCGCCCUGCAAGCGUCGUCAGCUCGGGGCGAAGCAGUCGCUCGUCUGUGAUCAAGAGCUCGUCGCACCUGGCGCGUUCCGACAGCCCACGCACGCGGGGCAGCCUCGAUGUCCCCCACCCUCGCCAGAGCCUCGACAAGAAGAGCAGCUUUUCGAAGCUGUCUGCGUCGCCAGGUGGAAAGUUCCUCGCACCGCCGUCACCUCUUGCGGGUCCACGGCGCGCCGCGUCCGGGUCAUCUGUGACCACAGCGGCGCAGUCGCGGAGCUCUAGCAGGAUGUCGAUCUCGUCGACGCGCUCGAUCUCUGGGCCCAUGAUGGCAUCGUCAAGUUCAAGCUCCACGAACUUGUUUGGCUCUACGUUUUCGUCGAGGCAAAGGACGAACAGCACGACGUCGAAUGGGUCGCCCUCGUUCGCUACGCCGAUCAGGCGCACGCCGGCGCUGUCGACGACGUCGCGGCCGCGAGCGCAGACGGGUACUACACGCACAAGCUCCCCUGCUCUGUCGGAUGCAUCCUUCUCUCAGGGACGCUCAAGCCUCAAUCUCUCCCGACCUCCAACAUCACUUUCCACCUGGUCUCGCGCGCCGCGAACGUCGUUCUCCGCGUUACCGAAAUCGCCGCCGUCAUCGCGCAACCAGCCGACGAAACCCGCAAGGAAGCCAUACGUCGCGAACCCGAAGAAUAAGCUCGACAUGGCCGUUGGCGACGUCAUGAACCAGCUCCCGGUCGACAUCAAGAUCGAGCUUGUUCCAGAUACGUGGAAGGACCAGAGCGGCAAGUACUGGAUUGGAGACAGCGACCCGAAACUGUGCUUCUGCCGGAUCCUGCGAUCGCAAACGGUCAUGGUGCGCGUCGGUGGUGGUUGGUCCGAACUGUCAAAGUUCAUCAAGGACCACUUUGCAGACGCAUUUAGGCUGCUUCCUGACUCGUCGCCGCCUCGCAUGGGUACACGCGAAGAGAAGUGGAUCACGUCCGCAUCUUUGGCGCAAGCGGUCGAGCAUCUGACACCGCCGAGGCCACCACGCACGCCCGAGCCGAAGGAGGGCUACAUACCCUCGUUCGCGAUCUCGACACCGAAUGGGACCAGCCCCAAGUCGUUACACGGAUCACCAUCUCCCGGCUCUCCUCUGCACGCCCUACAAUUCAUCCGACGCGCCGAGCGGGAAGCUCCGUCUUACCGCCCGGAGACACCGACACGGUCGUCGCGGAGUACGGGCGUGUCGUCUGUGCUCAGCACUCCCAGCGGGCGUCAGCCUGCGUGGCGUCCGUGAACGCCCUGGGCUGCCCCCUGCUAUGAUCACACACACUGUUAUAUUGCUGUGCACUAUUGGUUCGUACAUCUACGCGCAUGGACAGACUUGGUUCAGACUGUGAAUAGACACCGAAUGCACACGACGGUCGCCGUUUGGAUCGGCACAACGGUAUUUAAUGACAUUGAUGUUGUUCACGCUGUAUACGUCUCUCUUGGAUACUUACCUACUCACACCACCAGUAUUGUCGCAGGUCUUACUACGCUACCUAGUUGUCUCUUGAACAAAUAUCCGAAGC